AUUCUCUAUAUUAAUAUUGUUUGCGGAGGUAGAGGAGAUGGCAGUGAGCAGUGAGCAGUGAGCGGUGUUCUGUGUUUUUCCAUCAAACUGCAACAAUGGAGGAGACUCAGCUGAAGCUGUAUUCUCAUUGGCGGAGUUCCUGCUCCUGUCGUGUUGGAAUUGGCCUCAACUUGAAACGGCUGAAAUACGAGUACAAAGCAGUGAACUUGGUGAAAGGAGAGCAGUUCAGUCCAGAGUUUUCAAAGCUGAAUCCUCUCAAUUUUGUGCCGGCACUAGUGGAUGGGGACAUAGUAGUUGCUGAUUCUUUUGCCAUUUUGAUGUAUUUGGAAGAGAAGUAUCCUCAACAUCCAUUGUUGCCUCAGGAUCUACAUAAAAGAGCUAUCAAUUACCAGGCUGCCAAUAUUGUUUCUGCAAACAUACAGCCAUUUCAGAAUUUGGUUGUACUGAAAUAUAUUGAGGAAAAGUGUGGCAGUGGUGAGGAGCUUGCAUGGGUCAAACAUCAUAUUGAAAAAGGCUUUGCAGCCUUGGAGAAGCUAUUAAAAGAUCAUGCUGGAAAAUAUGCGACUGGAGAUGAAGUUUUCCUGUUUAGUGUGCAGGGGCUGUUGUUGUGUUUGGAGGGUGAAUCCUUAAUCCCUUAGUUAAGAAUUCAAAUGCAACACUGGUGUAGCUGUCUGGUUGAACAGAAAGCUAUCUGGUUUCAUGUAUACAAUUUUAAAUGCCUUUUUUCUGCCAAACCUAACGAAAAUGAUACAAUAAAAGUCUGAACCAGGCUGCCAGGGUAACUUCAACACGUUAAAGUAUUGUUGAAAGAAGCAUGCACCCAUCUUUCUUAUGUGCUUGAAUUGCCAAACAUUCCUAGAGGCUCCUUAUUGGGUCAAGCAUAUCAACCACCCAGAAGGAUUCUACCCUCUAAGGCCACUAUGAUCUAGUGGAUAUGGUAGUGUAAAGAAAUCCAAAUAAUGCUUCCCUUUGCUGGCUCACAUCAUCAUUGCAAGCCAAGGUAUGCAAACCAACCAUUACUCUUGUCCUAGCAUCAGUUGUAACUUAUAACAUACGAGCCGACCUUCAUUUUUCAGGAAUGCAAUUACAUGGUCUAAUGCCAAAUGUAGUUUCUAAGAGCUGAAACUAACCAAGCUUUAGAAACUGUUUGCUGAUGUUAAAAAGAUGAUGUGGCUGAUUCUUGUAUCAGCCAUAUUGCAUAUACAUUGGAGUCAUCUCUGCCAAAGAAACAUGGUCCUUCAUUUCCUAGUGUGCCGUAGAAGGAAGCUUUUGU